AGAAGUCAAGGCAAAAGACUCUAGUUCGUGAUUUGUCCGACAGUAGCCUCGAUAUUUUCCUAUAAAAAGAUCGAUUUGUUUCUCCAUCUCUAACUUUAGCCCAAGUAAAAGUGAACCUAACCUCAAAGUCGAUAAGUGUUAAAGUGUUACCAUUCCCAGAUGCUCAGUUAUACAUGUUUUGUAUGCUUUACAUUUGUUUUUAUAUGAUCACCUGUUUAUUAGUGUUAAAGCAACUACAACAUUUAAAAGUGAAGAAUUACUCAAACUUCGUAAUUACAAAACCAAGUAAUUGAGGCAAUUUUUAUAGUUCGUACACCAAGACUAUAUAGUAAUGUGCAGUGUAGGUGACGAUUUAUUUGACGAUAAUGGAUUAAUGUCCACAAUUGAAGUGUCAAGAUCAAAGACCUGCAAUAAGUGCAAAACUGCUGAAACACACUUGGUACUACGAAACAAAGAUGCCUACUGUAAAAGCUGCUUUCUGGAGAAUGUCACCCAUAAAUUCAAAUCGACGUUGGGAAAGUCUAGGCUAAUAAGGCCAGGAAAUAGAGUGCUGUUUCUGUAUGAAGACAAUGAGGCUAGUACAGCACUUUUACACAUGGUGCGGGAUGGGCUGAAUUUGAAUACACCUAAAAAACUUAACUUUUGCCCUGUGAUUGUAUUUAUAGAAGAUCUAUAUCAUUUGACAAUUGAAGAAAGGCACAAUGUGAUUGAGCAGGCAAACAAAGUCAUUGGAGAAUUCCAUUUUGACUUGUUCUUGGUGUCACUAGCACAAUAUGCCGGUAACACUGGAAGUAUUGAUAAACUUAUUUGCCAAGCCUCAGAGGUGUUACCUAUUUCUGAAAAUGAUGAACAUGAAUUAUUUAGGAAUGUUCAACCAAAUACCUCAGUUACCAAUAAGAAAGAGCUGAUAAGUAUUCUUAAGAGAAAUCUGCUAAUAGAAGUAGCAAAGCAUCUGGAUUGUAAAUUUAUAUUUACAAACGAAAUUUCACAGGAUAUUGCAAUUAAUUUAUUAACGAAUGUGUCAUUGGCCUGUGGAAACAGAAUACCCAUUGAGGCAGGUUUUUGUGAUGACAUAGACAGCCAAGUGAAAAUUUUGAGGCCGCUAUAUCUAUUUGAUUCCAAGGAAAUUGAAUUCUAUACUAAAUAUAACAAUAUCAACUACACACAUUCAAGGAAUGAGGAAACUAAUCCAUAUUCUAGCAUCCAGACAUUAUUAGAGAAGUUUGUGGUUGAUCUACAAGCCAAUUUUCCUGCUACUAUCAACACUAUUCUGAAAAUUGGAGACAAGUUAGAUAUUGUCAAAGGAGAUAUAAGCUGUCAGCUAUGCAAGAUCCCCAUAUGCGAACAAUCUUCCCAGCUGACAUCUGAGGAGUCCACAAGAUUUUCAAGUCUAGUUUCGACCAGUAAAAUUGAUCUUGCUGAUCCAGAUCUUUCGAAUAAAUUUGCACCAAUAAAUGGAAAAGCUUAUUGCUUCUCAUGUGAUGAACUAUCAAAAUGUUUAUUAAAGAGAUGAAAUAUAUUUAUGUAAAUUUGUUUUCCAUACAGACCUUUUGUUUGAACACAAAAUAAAAUAAUAAUAACGCCACCAAGUAGCAUAGGUUGACGCAUUCAAU